AUGUCAUCGAAAUUCAAAAAGGAUUCCUACAAUUUAAAACAUCCACCUUUCAUAGCAACACCACCACCACCCCCACCACCGUCAUCAUCAUCGUCACCAUCAUCUUUAUUAAAUAAACAAAAUAAAAAAAUGAUUAAACGUUCAGUGACAUUUGAACAAAGCAUAAAUUCAAAAUCAUUGUUAUCUUCUAUGACUUCUACCUCUUCAUCAUCAUCAUCAUCAUCUUCGUCUCCAAUCUCACACUGUUGUACAAAUUUAUGUAAUAAACAAAAUACUUAUACAUUUUCAUAUUUAUUACGUGUUAAUCCUCCAAUAUUACCCGGUGAUAUAUUGAAUUAUUUAGGAUUUACUAAAUCUACUUCAGCAACAACAACAUCAACAACAACAACAACAUCAACACCUAUCUUGUCAAGAUCAAAUGUCAAUGCAAAUUCAACUGGAAAAGUCAAAGUCAUUAUCUGCAUAAAUCAAGAAUAUAAUAAUCGUAAUCAUAAUCAUAAUAAUCAAGGUUUAGCGAUAACGGCCACAACAGCAUUGAAUACAAUUGGGAGUUUAUUAUCAUCAAAUAAUCCUUUAAAUACUAUACAUUUAAAAGUGAACAAAAAUACUUGUGAUUUUUCAUCGAAUUCAUCUUCAUCAAGUUGUAUUCAAAUUGAUGAGAAUAAAAGAAUUAUUACAUUGUUAGAUCCUACACCAUCACGUCGUAGACGAGGAAUUGGUGGCGUCGUAAGAAAUUAUAAAUUUGAUAAUAUUGUAACACAGGAUACAUUGAAACGAGAAUUUUAUACUAUGGUUCUCAAUGAUGCUUUAUCUGCUGUGUUGAAUGGAAAAGAUAGUUGUAUACUAACUAUUGGACAUAAAGCUACUGGUAAAACACACUCAAUGAUUGGUUAUGAUUACUCACCAAUGGAAUGUGGUAUUAUUCCAUGUGGAAUAAGUUGGUUAUAUCAAUUAUUAAAUUAUCAAAAACAAUGGUAUAAUACACGAUUUUCUAUAAGAAUAUCAGCUGUUGAAAUUACUGGAUUAAAUGAAGAAUUUCGUGAUUUAUUAGCAAAUACAAAAGCAUCAUAUGAUGAAGAAUAUUCUGAUAAAUCACCAAGUCAUUAUUUACAAACAACAAAUAGACCAAUGCAACAGAAGAAUUCAACUUCUUCUUCAUCAUCAUCAUCAUCAUCAUCAUUCAUGAAUAAAAUUAGUCUGGGAACAAAUUAUGAAAAGGCACAAACAAUUUCUGCUCAUAUGAUUGAUAAAUUAUCACAUCUAUGUGAAUUACGUGCAUCAACAGCUGAAAAAGCCGCUUAUCUACUUGAUACAGCAUUAUCAAAUCGUACAGUACAUAAUUGUAAUCAUUUAUCCGGUCUAUCACAUAUGUUAUUUACAUUACAUUUAUAUCAAUGUAAAUUAGAGAAUAACAGCAGUGAAAUGAGUAUUUCCGGUGGUAGAACGAAAUUUCAUUUCCUUGAUUUGGGUUGUGGAAGAUAUGGACAACAUUCAAUUCAUGUAAACAAAUGUGUUGAAGCAGAAAAUAAUUCAAAUUUCAAUAAUCAUUCAAAAUUCAAUAAAAAUGAAAACACUAACAAUACUACUAAUUCCCAUUCUCCUACUUCUAGUGAUAGUAAUAAUGUUUCGAAAUUUUCAACUUCAGAAGAUUCACUGUCCAAUUGUACAACUAACCUUAAUCAAGAAUUAAAGUCUAUAGAAUAUAGAACACUUUCAAAAGCUCUUUCUUUAUCUGGUAUUGGUAGUGUUUUAUUAGCUUUAUUAACUGGUCGACGACAAUUACCAUAUCAUGAUUCUUCACUUACUUAUUUAUUACGUGAAGCAAUAACUGGCAAUCAAAUUCAACCAUGUAUCUUAGCUCAUAUAUCUGAAAAUGUACAAUAUUAUACAGAAACAUUACAGGUUAUACAACUUGCUACGGAAAUUAAUCGUCUUAGACGUCGUAAAAUUGUUAUCAAUCAUAUUGGUACAUUAACUAAAGAUCAUGAACUAUCAUUACCAUUAUCAUUGAAUGCUAGUAAAAGUCAAGAAGAAAUUGGUUCAUCAACAUCAAACGAUACAGAUACUGAUUUUCUACGUGUAAAUCAAUCAAAACAUCUACAUAGACGACCAAGACUUGGUCGAUUAUCAUAUGCUAGAUCAUUAGGAUCAUGUAGUUCUGAAUUAGAUUGUACAUCAAGUGGUGAACAAUCCUGUGAUACAGUAAUUUAUGUUGGAAAUAAUAAAUUAUUACAAGGUGAACGUCGUCUAAGUGAUAGUCGUAUUACAUCAUAUUCUAUUAAAAAACUAGGUCCAAGAGGAUUAGCUGAUGGAAGUAUAGAUAUAAUGGAUAAAACACACAGUUGUAGAGGAUCAUCAGAAUUAAUAGCUUUGAAUGAUGAAACACUUAAGCAACAUUCAAUGGAUCAGAAUCAACAUACUGAAUUCCCAAAUAUGAAUAAUUUAAUAACAAUUAAACGAAUGAUUCCUAGAACAAAUGCAACUGUAUGGCCUCGUAUUAUGAAUAGAACAAAAUCUAGAAAAUUUUUACAAUCUUUAACAACAGCAACCACAACAUCAUCAUCAUCAUCACCAACUUCAAUGAAAAUAUCAGAAAUGAUAACGAAUAAUAAUAGAAUUGAAGAAACUUGGAUUGAUGGUCCAAAUGUAUCAUUAUCAUUAUUGAUUAAACAAAGAAAUGAUAUUGUAAAUUUAUCAAAUUAUAAAGAUAAUUCAUUUAUGAGUGAAAUGAAUAAUUCUUCAAAUGGAUCAUUGUUAUUAUCACAACCGUCUUUGCCGUUACCGCCGACACCGACACCGACACCACCACCACCACCACCACCAUCCUAUCAUAAUGUUGUACAUAAUUUGAUUAAAGAUCAUAUUAAAACAUCAUUUCUAUCAAAUACAGAGGAAUUAUGCGAACAAAUGAAAGAGGAACCAAUUAUAAAUUCAAUUGAAGCACAAAAUAUACACACUACAUCUAUGGAUAAAUCAAUCCAAUAUUUUAACACGACUUCUACUACUUCUACCACUACUACUACUACUACUACUGAAAAUCAUUUCAGUAGUAAUUCAAUGAAUAGUUCAUUUUCUACAUUAGAUAAUAACCCAACUGAUAAUAUACCAAGAGCAUUAUCUGAUAUAUCUGAAUGUACCGAAGAUGCUGAAACAAUUCAUGAAUCAAAUUCAAUAAAACAAUCUAUGAUUAAUUUAUCAUUAAAAGAUGAAUUAUCAACUGAUUUGUUAACAGCUAAUUUAUUGACAUUUGAUAAUUUAUAUACAAGUUGUUGUCAAUUAUCAAUAAGUAGUAUGUUGAAUGAAAAACAAAAAAAUACAGAUCAUAAUAUUUCUAAUCUUUCUACCAUGAUGAAUACUACUACUACUACUACUAAUAAUAAUAAUAAUAAUACUAGGCCUACAGAAGUAUUACUUGAUAUUGGAAGACAAAUCCGUGAAGCAUCAAAGUGUAAUAAUUACACAAUUCCAACAUCUUAUGUAACAACUGUAAAUGUACCUCAGUAUUUAAACCAUUUAAAUGAAGAUGAAGAAUUAAUGUUAAACAUGAGUAAUACUAAAUCAACAGUAUUAAAUCAAGAAUUUGUUAAUCAAUUAAAACAACCUAUUACUAUCCAUGAUACGGUUAGUACAUCGAAUUCAGAGAAUCGAAUUUCCUUAUCACCAAGUAUGAAAUUUAUAGAGAACAAUGAAGCUAAUGAUAAAAACAUUUCACAACCCACUAUUGUUCCUUUUAAUCUAUCAAUCAAUGAUCAAUGUCAACAACAAUCUAAUCAACAAGAUCAUUGUAGUCAUAACCAACUGAAAUGUCAACAUUUAACACGAUCAAGAUUGAAUACACCAGCAGUUGAUAGGAAAUUGACAAAUAGCUUAUUACAUAAUAGCAGUAAUAAUGAUGAUAAUAAUAAUAGUUAUAGUAUUAAUAAUCAUAAUGUUUCUACUCAUAUUACUAGUAAUACUGUUAAUAAUUCAUUAUUUCGUGUUGCUGAAUGGGUCAGUUCAAUUAGUACACCACAUUCAUGUCAAUUAAUUGAUUUUGAUAAUACAAUCAAUUGUUCAUUAUGUCAUAAUGGUUAUAAGAAGAGUAACACUAAUGUUAAUGAUAUUACCACUAAUAAUACUACUACUAAUGAUAAUACUACUAAUAAUCAUAUCAGUAGUAAUAAUUCAUAUCAAUGUUUAAAUGAUUCAUGUUCAAAUAUGAUCACUAUAAAGAAUUCAAUAAAAUCAAAUUUAAUAAAAGAAAAAAAUUAUUCAAAUUAUUCUAUUCAUUCAAUAACACCAUCCACAUUGAAUGAUUCAGCAAUUGGUUCAUUAAAUUAUACAAAACAAAAUGAUUCAUUAAUGAAUUCAGUGUAUCGAUUAAAAUUAAAUGAAAAAUUAGAUAAUAAACAAGGAGUUUCAUUAUAUAAGUAA